AUGCCGAAGAACAGCAAAGUAACACAGCGGGAGCACAGUAAUGAACAUGUCACUGAGUCUGUGGCCGACCUGCUGGCCCACGAGGAGCCAGUGGACUAUAAGCACAGUGUCCUGAAUAUGGCCGGAGAGACCCAAGACAAACAGAAGGAUGUGGAGGAAGACCUGGAGGCUGAGGAUCGGCCUGCCUGGAACAGUAAGCUGCAGUACAUCCUGGCACAGAUCGGCUUCUCGGUGGGCCUGGGCAAUGUCUGGAGGUUUCCAUACUUAUGCCAGAAAAAUGGCGGAGGUGCUUACCUCGUGCCCUACCUGGUGCUGCUGAUCAUCAUUGGGAUCCCACUCUUCUUCUUAGAACUGGCUGUGGGCCAGAGGAUACGCAGGGGCAGCAUUGGAGUGUGGCACUAUGUGUGCCCUCGGCUGGGGGGCAUUGGCUUCUCCAGUUGCAUUGUCUGCAUCUUUGUUGGGUUGUACUACAAUGUGAUCAUUGCCUGGAGUAUAUUUUAUUUCUUCAAAUCCUUCCAGUAUCCAUUGCCCUGGAGUGAGUGCCCCGUCAUUAGGAAUGGAACUACUGUAGUGGUGGAGGAAGAGUGUGAUAAGAGUUCAGCUACCACCUACUUCUGGUACCGAGAGGCUCUGGACAUCUCCAACUCCAUCUCAGAGAGUGGAGGGCUCAACUGGAAGAUGACUCUCAGCCUCCUUGUGGCUUGGAGCAUUGUGGGUAUGGCUGUGGUCAAGGGCAUUCAGUCUUCAGGAAAGGUGAUGUAUUUCAGCUCCCUUUUCCCCUACGUGGUGCUAGCCUGCUUCCUGGUCCGGGGGCUGCUGCUACGGGGAGCUGUGGAUGGGAUCCUGCACAUGUUUACUCCCAAGCUAGACAAGAUGCUGGACCCCCAGGUGUGGCGGGAGGCAGCCACCCAGGUCUUCUUUGCCUUGGGGUUGGGCUUUGGGGGUGUCAUCGCCUUCUCCAGCUACAACAAACAGGAUAACAACUGCCACUUUGAUGCCGCCCUCGUGUCCUUCAUCAACUUCUUCACCUCGGUGCUGGCCACCCUGGUCGUUUUUGCUGUGCUGGGCUUCAAGGCCAACAUCAUGAAUGAGAAGUGUGUGGUCGAGAAUGCUGAGAAGAUCCUUGGGUACCUGAACACCAAUGUCCUGAGUCAUGACCUCAUCCCACCCCACGUCAACUUCUCCCAUCUUACUGCCCAUGACUACAGUGAGAUGUACAAAGUCAUCAUGACUGUCAAGGAGGACCGAUUCCAGGAGUUGGGCCUGGACCCUUGUCUUUUGGAAGAUGAACUCAAUAAGUCUGUGCAGGGGACAGGCCUGGCUUUUAUUGCCUUCACCGAGGCCAUGACCCACUUCCCAGCCUCUCCCUUCUGGUCUGUCAUGUUCUUCCUUAUGCUGAUCAACCUGGGUCUGGGCAGCAUGAUCGGGACCAUGGCUGGGAUCACCACACCCAUCAUCGAUACCUUCAAGGUGCCAAAGGAAAUGUUCACAGUUGGGUGCUGCAUCGUUGCAUUUCUUGUGGGACUCCUGUUUGUCCAGCGCUCUGGGAACUACUUUGUCACCAUGUUUGAUGACUACUCAGCUACUCUGCCCCUCACUGUCAUUGUCAUCCUAGAGAACAUCGCUGUAUCCUGGAUUUACGGGACCAAGAAAUUCAUGCAGGAGCUGACAGAGAUGCUGGGCUUCCGACCUUACCAAUUCUACUUCUACAUGUGGAAGUAUGUGUCCCCCCUGUGCAUGGCCGUUCUCACCACUGCCAGCAUCAUCCAGCUGGGUGUCACCCCACCGGGCUAUAGUGCCUGGAUCAAGGAGGAGGCUGCAGAACGGUACCUCUAUUUCCCCAACUGGGCCAUGGCUAUCCUGAUCACUCUUAUUGUCCUGGCCACUCUGCCCAUCCCUGUGGUCUUCAUCCUCCGCCAGUUCCACCUGCUGUCAGAUGGCUCCAAUACCCUGUCUGUGUCCUACAAGAAGGGCCGGAUGAUGAAGGACAUCUCCAACUUGGAGGAAAACGAUGAAACCCGCUUCAUCCUGAGCAAGAUGCCCAGUGAGACUCCCUCCCCGAUGCCCACCCAUCGCUCCUACCUUGGCCCAGGAAGCACAUCCCCCCUGGAGAUGAGCAGUGCCCCCAAUGGACGCUAUGGGAGUGGAUACCUGCUCGCCAGCACCCCUGAAUCUGAGCUGUGA